AUGAAAAAUCAACGAGUUAUACUGGCGUUUCUGAUCGGGUUUUUGGCGGUUCUCGGCCAAAAUGUGAAAAACUUGAAGGCGAGCCAAUUUUUGAGACUUUAGAUCUAUCGAUUUUUUAAAGGCCACGUCCCGUUUCAAGCCAAAAGCUGAAAAUCUGCAGCUGGAAGGAUCGCGGGAACUCGGAAUUCCACCCGAAUUCGCCGAAAAUGUGUGCGCAUCGAUUGGCGGCAAAUUGACGGCUCUGGACACGGAGCACAAGUUCCGAUUUUUCACAGGCACCCAAACAAAGCCCCAUUAUUUGAAGAUUAACGUAAAUUUUCCAGAAAAUCUGUUGGAAAAGUGCAAUCACACGACGGGAAUGUGUCCGAAGAUGUGCAUUUGGCAGGCGAACUCGACGAAUUCCUCAGAAAUCUCGUUCGAAACGGAAAAAGUGGAGAAUCGGCGGGUGCCCGAGAGAAUGAGCGCUCGGCCGAUUCAGUUGGGCGACACGAUGCACAUUCGAAUCGAAAUCCAAAGAAAUCAGUGCGUUUGCACGGUCUCCAGAGCUGACAAUGGGCGCAAGUGCGCCCCGCGCGCGAUAGAGCGAUUCAUUGGCGCGAAAUUCAAAUUUUAACAGCAAAAUUUGUGUUUUUUGCCAGAUUAGCCACAAAAAACCGAUAAUUUCUCAUUUGUCUCUCGAUAGACCGAUUGUAUAGGCUAUUACGAAUUUUUUAAGCGCAAGAGCGUUAAAUUUGGUCAAGUUUGAAGGUUUUUGGCUAAAACUGCGUGAAUUUCAGUUGCUUUUCGGUAAUUUUAGCGGUUCGAGCGCUCAAAAUGCUUGUAAUUACGUGAUUUAUCAUUCUCAAAACCAAUUCUGCAAAAUGAGAAGAGCGGUUUUUAGGCGGCGAUCGGCGGCGAAGGCGAAAAAGCGAAAUCCGCGAAAAAUGCGCCAAAACGUCCAUAAUUCUGUGAGAAUUAGUGUGUUUUCAUGUCGAACAAUCAUUUUUCAUCGCCUUUGACCACAAAAAUCAGAGAAAACCUGCUCAAUUCAUGAAAACGCCAUUUGGCCGCCGAGGCCACGCCCAUAUUGUCAGCACUGGAGACCGCGUAUUUCGAAACGUUCUUAAACGUAAAUCCUGGCCGAACUUUCUCAUUUAUCCUAGAAUGGAAGUGCUGCAACUGUACCAGCUCGUCGGCCAUCCGACCGAUCUCAUCACCCACGAAGAGGUCACUUUCCAAAUCGCAAUCUUUUGCCACUACUCGGAUCCUUUGGGACGGUACGCCCACGCGAUUCACGUCUGGCACGGCACCAUCGAGCAGUCGGCGCACGAGGACAGGGACUUGUUCCUCGUCAAACCGGUAAAUGGGCCUCUUUUUGUUGGUUUCCACUAGAAAGGUUCUUACAGGAGCUGAACAAAUUCCAAGACUAUCCAUUUGAGAACAAAACGUUCAAGGACGGAAUUGUCGAUUUGCAAUUGGAGUAAGUGCGCGCUCCAAGGACAAUGUGUGGCCGCGAACGGAAGACUCCGUGACAAAAGGCCGGAAAGCCAAAAGGUCGGAAAAAAGUGACAAAAGGUCGGAAAAAAGUGACAAAAUGUCGGAAAAAAUGCCAAAAGUUCGCAAAAAAUGCCAAAAGGUCGGACAAAAUGCCGAAAGGUCGGAAAAAAAUUACAAAAAGCCAGAAAACAGGUAUUUUAGCAGUUUUUCCGACCUUUUGUCACUUUUUUCCGACAUUUUGUCACUUUUUUCCGACCUUUUGGCUUUCCGACCUUUUGUCUUCCGACCUUUUUGGUUUUCCGACCUUUUGUCACGGACUCGAACGGAAAGUUCAGAUUCACAACCGAACACCGUCUGUCUAUCACUUCUCCACAACUGUUUUCGGACAAGAAAGAGUGUCUAAUGGAGCUGCCCAAGGGCAAAAUGUACUUUCGAAAGUAUUAUGAGCAGAGCCGGCUCUUGGAUGUUUAUUUUACCAGGUUGGAUCAAUUGCGAGUGGAGAUGCCAAAAAGUUGUCAACUGAUAAAAUGUGCAAAAUAUGUUAAUGAACAUUUUGUUAGUUGACAACUUUUUGCUAUCUCUACCCCCAACUCGAUGUUUUCAGAGGAAACUGUUCCAAAUCGGAUUUCUUCCACUUUAAACCGCUGCUAAACGGUACAAAAGACGGUCAUGUCAACUGCCUUUUCACGCGACCAACGGUAUUUCAGUGGCAAAACGUGCUUUUCGGUUGCGAAAAUUUCGGUUUGUUGCAGACCGCAAUUCCAGUUUACAGUUGCCGGCGCGCCAGUUAUGCGGCUUGUGACGGUGUUCCAGGUUUGAAGAUUGGAAAUUAACGAGACGUGAACGCUUCAGACGAAAUGAGCACAACUAUGCGACCUCCGACGACAACAACGAAAACGGUGAAAAUCGCGACGACGACGAGCACCUCGAAACAACCGGAAACUCCUAUAAGAAUUGUGAAAACGCAAGAAAAGACGUUCAAUUUUGGCACAUUUUUCGGUAUUUCCCUCCUUUUUUCACAGCCUUUUUUUUCCGAGAAUUUCAAAGUUUUGUCAGACGAAAACGUGUACAUUUUCUUGGCCAUUUCCACACUUUCCAUCGGGUUUUUCGGCGUCUCCAUUGUGCUACAAUAUCUGAAACUUUGCCUGCUUCGUCCGGUGAAAAAGAAGAUAUCGAAAAGGAAAUGAAUACUCGCGUCCUUUUUUUUCAAUCAAUAAAACGUUAUGGGAUCACAAUUUACGCGGUUUCAGACCUGCGCCUUUAACUUUACUGUAAGAAAAGUCAUACAAUGAUUCCGGAGAAUAUUCAAUAAUUUCUCGUGUUUCUCUCGCUUUGUCUACGUGGAACCGUCAUUUUUGCUGCCUAGGAUGAGCGAUUUCACACAAUUUUUCAAAAAAUUAAUUUUUUUCGUUUUUUUUUUUUUUCAUUUUUUUUUCAUUUUUUCCGUUUUUUUUUCACUUUUUUUCAUUUUUUCCAAAAAAAUAUUUUUUUAAAGUAAUAAUGUGUCCAUAUAUGUUUGUUUUUAUGUUUUCAGACAUGGGAAAGACGUCUGGAAAGAAGGAUUUGACUGAUAACGAGAAAAGAGCGCUUCAGACUGGCUCAUCGCCUCCGAGGCCUUCUCGUCAGAGAACAGUACGCCGAGGAGCUUCAGCAACAGAACUUCAAGGGCUUCCAGAGCGACGUAGGUGUUUUAAUCUUCCUUUCAAACCAGCUCUGAUGCUCAGACGUAGUCAUACGAACUCGCGUGCUCGGCCCCUUCUUUCCAAUGCGAUCAAGUACGGUUUACAUCCAUCGCUCUAGAAAACACUAGAUUUCCACGUUCAGCGCCGGAUACGGACUUCUGAGGUUCAUCGAACUCGUCAAUUCCUUAUCACUUCCUUGAUUGAUAACUCGCCUCCUUCCCAACUGAUGCCGAUCUACAACUGAUAACUCCCGUUGUUUUCCCCCGCCGAUGAGAAUGAUGUAAACGCUCGAGAACUGUGCUCAUUCCCGGGGAGAGCCCUUUUCGUUCACAUGAUCCGCCUCAACACGUCAUUAAACUGAUCGGCAUCACAAGUAGAAGGGGUAUUUAAGGAAAGAAGCGAGGCACUGGAAGCAUCGUUCAUUUCGAACAAUGAAACAUCUUCUUCUGGUACUUCUUAUCGCCGGCGCCGCUCUUGCGGCCCCACAGCCCGCAUCUAGAAGACCUCCACCACCACCGCCGAACGGAUCCGGAUCGCCGCCACCACCACCACCACCGCCGUCCGGAGAGCCACAGGAGUUGAUCGGCGAGCAGAAGGCUUCCGUCGCCCACCACCACCACCGCCAAAUGGCUCUGGAUCCCCGCCACCACCGCCGCCACCACCAUCCGGAGAGCCACAAGAGGUUGGCGCAUUGCACUUUUUUCUAAAACCCGUUUGCUUGUUACAGCUUGCCGGAGAGCCGAACGCUUCUCGCCGCCCACCUCCACCACCGCCAAGCGGUUCGGGAUCCCCGCCACCGCCACCACCGCCGCCGCCAUCCGGAGAGCCGCAAGAGGUAGGCUCAUUGCUUCUCCCACUAGUGCUCAUAGAGAUUCUCUGCUUUCUCGUCUGUCUCUACGAUCGGUUCGGAUAAAAGUGUGUUGAGUUUGGUGGUGGUUUUCAGCUUGUCGGAGAGCCGAACGCCUCUCGUCGCCCGCCACCACCACCACCGAACGGAUCCGGAUCCCCGCCACCACCGCCACCGUCCGGAGAGCCACAGGAGUUGAUCGGUGAGCAGAACGCUUCCCGUCGCCCACCACCACCACCGCCAAACGGCUCUGGAUCCCCGCCACCGCCGCCGCCACCACCAUCCGGAGAGCCACAAGAGGUAACUUUUCUUUCCCAAGAAAAUCCGCAAAUCUCGUUCUAGUUGGCCGCCGGACCCGCUUCCCGUCGCCCGCCACCACCACCACCAAACGGAUCCGGAUCCCCGCCGCCACCGCCACCGUCCGGAGAGCCACAACAGCUCUAA